AUGGAUGCUUUAAGAAAACAAGCCAGUAAGCUCCGAGAGCAGGUCGCAAAACAGCAACAGGCUGUAAUAAAGCAGUUCAGUGGGACUGGUUAUGAAAGCUCAGAUGUUAUGGUAAUAGAUGAGGUUGAGAUGCAGAGACAUCAACAGCUAGAGAAACUGUACAGGUCCACUCGUGCAGGAAAGGAUUUUCAGAAAGAAGUUCUUAGAGCAGCAGAAGUGUUCACUGCCAUAGGGUAUAAGCAUAUUGAAGCAGCUAAGGGUGCAUCUAUAUAUGGUGAUGCUCGUAAGCAUGUGGAAAAGGAACAAGAAGACUUCAAUAAGCUGCUAUCUUCACAGAUUUUAGAUCCGUUAAGAGCAAUGAUAGCUGGUGCUCCUUUGGAAGAUGCUCGCCAUCUUGCUCAACGUUAUAGUCGAAUGAGGCAAGAAGCAGAGACACAGGCCGUAGAAGUUUCCAGAAGACAAGCACGAGUAAGAGAACUCCCAAAUCCUGAAAAUGUUGCAAAGCUGCAGGCAGCGGAAGCAAAGAUGAAAGAAUUAAAAGCAAACAUGGCAGUUCUGGGUAUAGAAGCUUCAGCUGCAUUGGCUGCUGUGGAAGCACAGCAGCAAAGACUGACUUUCCAGAGGCUUGUUGCACUGGUUGAAGGAGAAAAGACUUACCAUCUGAGAGUGGCUGCCAUUCUUGGUGAGGUUGAAGCUGAGAUGGUUUCAGAGAAACAACGGAAAGAGUCUGCUCCUCCCGUGAUUCCACAAGAGAACUCCUCAGAGAAAACAAUGUACUUCUUGGCUGAAGCAACACAUUCUUUCAGUGCUGCAUCAGAGAAGGAACUAAGCUUGUCAGUGGGUGACUAUGUUGUUGUACGAAAGGUGAGCCCAUCAGGAUGGUCAGAAGGAGAGUGCAAAGGUAAAGGAGGAUGGUUUCCAUCAGGCUAUGUGGAGAAGCGCCAGCGGCUUCCAGCCAGUGAUCUCGGUGCAGAAGUUUACGAGCCCUUAGUUUCGUUUUUUUUACAAUUCUGUUAUCGUCACAAAAUGACGAGGAUUUGUUGGUCAUUGCUGGGGUUUUCAUGUUCAUGUUUGUCCUCCAUGGCAUGA